CACGACACACUACACACUACACACGACUACACACGCUACAGUAAAUAUAUUUGUGUAUAUUGUUUCCAUUCGUUCAACUAGUAUACUUCAUACCACCGCUAACCACGAUACAGUGACAAUGAAAACAGCGAAAGUAAGCUUGCAGGAUGAAUCCGGAAGAAGCGAGGUGAAACAUGUCAGCUUCAAUCGCGUGAAGCAAAGACAGUCGACUGAUCACACGAAUAUACGUCAAGUGCAGUGGCCCGAUGUCCUGCGGGGGAGUGCAACUCUCUCUCUGGGACUACUGAAGACAGGCUGCACGUAUAAGAUGCGGUUUACGUUUGGCUGUCCGAGCGAAGAUACCUCCACAUCUGCGCACGUGGAAAUGAUAGGGCCGUCUGGAGUGUCAUUUGAUAUCGGAGAAGACGAGGUACACAUAGAGAGAGCUGACACACCCACAGAAGACACUCCCACAGAAGACACUCCCACAGACACGCCAACAGACUCGCGCACAGACUCACCUACAGACAACCCCACGGCCAAGGAUGAAAGUCGGCCAGUUACCAGCACACACACACACGCCCACGCGUCCAUGGAUAUGAAUGCAGGAAGUGAUGCUAAGUACACAGACACGCACACAAGUCAAGAUGAACACACACAGAGAGACGGGUACGACCCGGAAGAUUCACACGCAGACAGCAGUAGGUGUCCCUGCGCGGGUGGUCCGGUGUUUGUGGUAACCAUAGCAACGGAGUACGAGGGCAAGAUAUCACAGGUGCAGAGGUUCUUGGUCACACAUGAGGGGCGCGAGCAUGAGGUGGCGGUUACGCUGCUGUGCAAUGUCAUGCGCAAGGGCUCUGGCACACCGUCACUAAAGCCAGGCGUAAGGCUUGUCGGGUGUGCCAGUCAUGACAGCGACUACGAGACGGAAUGGACGGGAUUCUGAGCCUCAAAGUCGACACAACCACACCCACACUCACACUCACACUCACUUCAACACCCGUCCCCAUAGCAACAGCCACGGCCACAGCCACAGCCUAAAACACGUAUAACGAUAAACACUGACCUCACCCCCACUGAUUAUAGCGGUACAGAAGCGUACAGCAUUAAAUAUACCUGCACAAUGCCACACACUCUACUGUCUACCUACUGAUGACUACCCGUGCCCUGUAUCGCU